AAGCUCAGCAAGAAGAAGCUCAAGCUUCUAAAUCGAUUAAAGGUGGCGGAGCUGAAGGCGGUUUGUGCCCGGCCGGAGGUGGUGGAGGUGUGGGACGUCACGGCACCCGACCCGCCUCUUCUCGUCUUCCUCAAGGCGUACCGCAACACGGUCCCGGUACCGCGGCAUUGGUCACAGAAGCGGAAGUACCUGCAGGGUAAACGCGGUCUGGAGAAGCCGCCCUUCAAGCUGCCCGACUUCAUCGAGGCGACUGGCAUUGCGGAGAUGCGGUCAGCCUACCAGGCUAAGGAGGACGCCAAGAAGAUGAAGCAGAAGCAGCGGGAGCGCAUGGCGCCAAAGAUGGGCCGCAUGGACAUCGACUACCAGGUCCUCCACGAUGCCUUCUUUAAGCACCAGAAACCUCCGCCUCUGACGGGCGUGGGCGAGCUGUACUACGAAGGCAAGGAGUUUGAGGCGCGCAUCACGCACUGCAAGCCGGGCGACUUGUCUGAGACGCUGCAAGCGGCGCUGGGCAUGACGGAUAAGUCGCCCCCGCCAUGGCUGAUCAACAUGCAGCGCUAUGGGCCGCCGCCGUCGUACCCCAACUUAAAGAUUCCAGGGCUAAACGCCCCGAUUCCGCCCGGCUGCAGCUUCGGGUACCAUCCAGGUGGCUGGGGCAAACCUCCCGUGGAUCAGGAGGGUAACCCGCUGUACGGCGAUGUGUUUGGCGAGCACGGUGACGGGGGCGAAAGCGAUGAGGAGGUGGACAAGGAGACAGUGUGGGGUGUCAUGGACGAAGUGGAAGAGGAGAGCAGCGAGGAAGAGGAAGAGCAGGAGGAAGAGGGCGGCCAGGCGUUGGACGAGGAGGCCAUGUCGGAGGGCAUUGCAUCCGGGCUUGCAUCGGGAAUGGUUUCGGGGCUGGCGUCCGGUAUUGCGUCCUCCUUGCCUUCGGGCAUCGAGACCCCGGACACCAUCAACCUCCGCAAGGACGCGGAGGGCCCUCGGCAGCUAUACACGGUGUUGGAGCAGAAGCAGGUGGCGGUGGGGACUACCGGCAUCAUGGGAACCGACCACGUCUACUUCCUCAAGCACAUUGGCGCGGAUGUGGAGGUGACCAUCAGUCCCGAGGAGCUGGAGGGAUUGGACGAGGCCCAGGUGAAGGCUCUAUAUGAUGCCAAGGUGGCCGAGCUGCGGGCUGCGAACCGGCGCGAGGACUUCAGCGACUUGGUCGCUGCUAAGGCGGCGCAACAAAAGCGCAAGCAGCAGGCGGCACAGGACUCCAAGGCCGCAAAGAAAGCUAAGGGAUCCGACACAUUCAAAUUUUAG